AUGCAUAAGGUGGUCGUUCCAAAGCAUUCUGGGGUUCAUCGCUUUGCUUGUCUGGCACUUUAUCGAACCCUUCUCCGGCAAUGUUCCCCUUCGACAAGUAAUGCGCCAUGGGUGAGCGAGACCAGAUUCCUCGCCAGACAGAGAUUCCGCAGAUAUAAAGACCUCCAGAGCCCAUCACAGAUAGCAAAUGCCUUGAAAGCCGGCUAUCAGGCUCUGGACUUGCUUCAUUCGGCCUCAAAAGGAAACCGGCAGGAUGAAAAUCAGAUCACAACGAUCCUUGCUCAAGCAAAAUUCAUCAAGGAGAAAUACUCUGCCAUACAUAGGGAGAUCAGUCAAUCGAAACCUCCGAGUCCUCCGAAACCUCUCUCCGAACGACAGAUCCAAAGACAAAAGUCCAUUUAUCACGAAAAAGAGUCUUGGCUACGUCAUCCAAACGCCGAACCAAUCCUCUUGCGCCCCAAAGCAAAGGUGAGCGGGAAGCGACAAGUGCCGGUUUUGGUCAAUGCUCGUGGAGUACCUUUCCUGCGCAUCAAAAAGCCGCAACCGAGGAACCUUAGUGGUGUAAUUCGGUCGAAGCUAGAGAAGCGCUGGCAUCGUAUUGAAUUGAGAGAACGUCUGCAGGUGGAACUCUUAUUCGCCAAGGAUGAAGACGCUUGGGACCAUCUCACAAAGACGAAGACUGGAGAUCCAACAUUAUGGUCUGCAAGCGUUAAAACAUCACUCGAUGACGUUUGUCAAAAAAUCAAACAGACAGACCAUGACAAUCGUGAAAUGUCCGAGCGUAUGUGGCAGGUCGUGCUUGAAGAACGCGAGCUGGCUGCAAAGGAAGAGAAAGAAAGACAGGCGGUGGGCGGCAAAACCCCUACAAGUGGAUGA